AUGCCUCGCAUCCUCUUCGUGAGUGGCUUCCACCCUUCCACGCGCGCCCGCGACCUUGCGUAUGAAUUCGAACGGUUAUUACGGCCCCCUUAUCCGAUGCGACGUUCCAGCGCCUCGAAACCCGCGCGCCCAGCACAACCCGUAAGUGUGUAUUUCGUCUUACUUUUACUAUGUUUGCGCCAGGCGAGUCGAGUCGAGGUCGAGCCGUCAGUGAAACGCGCCGCGCCGUGCAAUACGUUCUUCGUCGUCCCGCGCCUGUCCUCGCGAAAAGAAACAUGCUACGGCCUGCCACGCGCGCAGCAGCAUCACCUCCUCGUUUCUUCUCCGUGUCGCUUCCGAGGCCGCAAUCUCCCGAUUCCACGUCGCACGGAACACGAUCGCUCAACGCCCCUUCGAAUUCAUCAUAGCUAUGCAUUUGUGGAGUUCAGAGACUCGAGGGAUGCGGAAGAUGCUUUCGUCGAUAUGCAUGCACGGUACUUUGAAGGUUACCGCCUGAGCGUCCAGUGGGCCAAGAACCCUCCUUCGUCGGUGUGGAGGUACGACCGGCGCUCUCCGCCUCCCCGAUCGUCCAGGGAUCGUCGUGAUCGUUCCAGGAGCCCCCGCCGUGGCGACAGGGACCGCGAAGAUCGUGGACGCGACCGUGACCGUGACCGUAGGGACGACCGGGAUAGGGACAGAGAUAGGGAGGACAGAGACAGGAGGCGCAGCAGGAGCAGGAGCCCUGUGGUAGAAAAGAGGCGUAGCCCGACCCCCGAGCCCCGCAAGGAGGACAGGGAGGACAGGGAUGAUAAGGCAAGGACGCCGCCCCCUGCGGAAGACGGUAAAAAGGAGGAAGACAGGGCACAGACGCCUCCGUAUGAGCAUUGAUUCUGUUCUCUGUUUAUUUUUCAGGCAGACAAAACAAGGCGGCGGACAUCGCUCGCAAGCAUGCCCUGCGUAUGGACCUCAACUCGCCUCAAGCUUCCUUCGCACUAUUUGUACAUCCUUUGUUGUAGUCGGUUUGUUUUGAGAAUGAGAGAUAUUCCGUUGUUCACGUCUGCG